AUGGACUUACCAGAUGCUAUCCGAAAACGUUUGGAGGACUUCUCUCGAAACUUCUUUGAGGACCCGAACGACCUGACCGCAAAGGAACGCUACACGUCGUCGACGCAAGGCAAGCCGGUUCUGUCCAGUUUGCCCCUCCAGAUGUCCCUCUUCUUCAACAUGUGCUUCUUCCCCCUGUGGUGCGUCACGGAGAUUGUCAUGUUGCAACUCAAAUAUUCUGCCUUGCCGGAAUACUACAGGACGGUCCUGAUUACCGUCCUCAUUCUCAUGACGCUGAUUGAGACCAUUCGACUUUACCUUGGCUAUGUGGGGAACCUGCGAGAAGAGAUCGCAGAGUUAGCUGGAUUUUGGCUGCUGAGCAUCUUGCUGCAGUUGCCGCAAAGCCUCUUCCAACUUUUCAACGAAGGCAUUCUCAUCCAGCCGCUAGAGAGGGGAAUUCACAUUGUUUUGGUGCUUUUUAUACUAUGGCAAGGCGUCGCCGGCUUCGCCGCUCUCCGGAAUUUGGUCCGACACACAGAGAGUCAAUUCCAUCUCCGCCAGUUUGACUAA